AUGUCCACUAAGAAGGCUGGGAGUAAAGGAAUGAUGCAGGCUCGGGAAGAACAUUGUGGCAUCGUUAGUCAUCUGGGGAAGUUGAGACUUGAGAUGAACACUAAUUUACUUAAUCGUGGAGACAGUUGGAAAGAAAAGGAGCAGUGCAGUGCACUGUCCAAUAGAAAUGGACCAAACUGCUGGUGCCUUAUCUUCUCUGUUCAUAGUUAUUGUCAAAACAAACAUGCUUCCUGGCUCUCCGAACAUGAUGUGAUUGAUUUCGUCAAGUUGAUGAUACGAUUUGAGGAACUGCUUUUAUUGCUGUGCAAACCAAACCCGAACUUGAGAGUGGAAGAAGAACAAAAACCCAAUACUACUUUUUCAUCAUCAGCUGCAAAUAACAUGAAACCCAAAGGCAAAGCCAUUGCUCAGUGCAAUGCAGAUGCUGGGCUUGUGGCAGAGUUUGAGCAGUCAGGUGUGUCUGGUAAGUCUAACUAUUCAAGAUCAGUUGUUUAUGCUCCGCAAAGUGUACCUGAAGAACAAAUAACUGCUAAUUUGUCAAAAAUCCUUGAACGCUUUGGUUGUAUGAUUGCUAUUGAAGAACCAACCUUUAGGAUCAUUAGUUAUAGUGAGAACUGCUUUGAGUUGUUGGGUUUGCAUUUGGAUAGCAAAGAUAAGUCCAAAGGGUUCAAGGAUUUGAUUGGAAUGGAUGCAAGAAGCCUUUUUAUUCCUUCAUCACGGGAUUCCUUGGGAAAAGCCAUGGCUUCUACAGAUAUUUCUUUGUUAAAUCCAAUUUGGGUUUAUUCCAAGAGCAGUCGGAAGACAUUUUUUGCUAUAUUGCAUAGGAUUGAUGUGGGAACUGUGAUCGACUUGGAACCUGCACGGUUAGAGGAUCUUGCAUUAUCAUUUACUGGUGCUGUGCAUUCACAGAAACUUGCUGUUAGGGAAAUUGCUAUGUUACAGUCACUCCGUGGUGGUGAUAUCGGUUUAUUAUGUGAUACAGUUGCUGAGGAUGUUCAAAAGAUUACUGGCUAUGACAGGGUUAUGGUGUACAAGUUCCAUUAUGAUUAUCAUGGUGAAGUUGUGUCAGAAAUCCGGAGGUCUGAUUUAGAGCCAUACUUGGGUGUGCAUUAUCCAGUCACAGAUAUACCCCAAGCUGUUCGCUUUUUGUUCAAGCAGAAUCGGGUGAGAUUAAUCUGCGAUUGUCAUGCAAAUCCAGUCAAGGUCAUUCAAAGUAAUGAGCUGCAGCGGCCUCUCUGCUUUGCAAAUUCAACAUUAAGGUCACCUCAUGGAUGCCACAUACAGUACAUGGAAAACAUGGGCUCCAUUGCCUCAUUAGUGAUGGCAGUCGUUAUUAAUGGUAAUGAUUCAAAAAAGCUCUGGGGACUGGUUGUCUGUCAUCACACUUCUCGACGCUAUGUGCCUUUCCCCCCUUCGACAGAAGAUUCCUUCAUAACCUCGAUUUUUGACAUGCCAUGCCCAAGUUACUACAUGCUGGCUCACCCCGGUAAAGGCAUUCCUAACGUUGGAAACCAAUCUACAACACGAUAA